AUGCCACCGAAGAAGCGCCUGCACCUGUCGCCCGCUCUUCCCAAGCUGGAAGACUAUGUCGAGGAAGCUGCUCCUGCUUUCUCUACCUCUGGCACAGAAGAUUCUGAGGAGGAAGUUGGCGACAGCAGCAGCAGCGGCAGGGACAACGAAGACGGUGGCAGCCAUUCGUUGCAGAUUGACGGUGCCAACAUGGACGACCCAUCCAAAGUGCACAUCUUUGUCAAGAAUCUCGCCGGCAGGAAAAUCUGUCUCAGAGGGGUCCACUUGUCAGACACCGUUUACACCAUCAAGAUCCAGGAGCAGUACCGCCUCAUCUUCGACGGGGUGCAGCUGGAAGACAGCCGUACAUUGGCUGAUUAUGGCAUAAGGCAUGAUUCCACGCUUGACCUCCAAGAAAAGAUGCAAAUCUUCGUGACGGAGACGCUGAGAGGAAGGACCAUCACUCUCGAGGUCGACAGCCUAGACACCAUUGACAAGGUGAAGGCCAAGAUCGAAGACAUUGAGAGCUUUCCCAAGGUCCAGCAGUGCCUCAUCUUUGCCAACAAACAGCUAGAGGACGACAGGCGCACCUUGGCUGACCACAACAUUUCGAAAGGGUCCACUCUUCUCUUCAUACUCCUCCCGUGUAGGCCAGUAGAAAGUAGGAUGAUCCAAAUCAUUGUCAAGUCCCUGGACGGGAAGACCCUGACCCUUGAGGUCGGGAGCUCGGACACCAUCAACAGUGUCAAGGUGAAGAUCUAUGAGAAAGAGUUCAUUCCCCCUAGACAGCAGCGCAUCCUCUUUGCUGGCGAGCAGCUGGAGGACCAGCGCACCCUGGCGGACUACAAGAUUCUGAGCAAUUCUACCCUUGUUCUGGUGCUCCGGCUUUGUGGUUGCUGA